AUGUACGGACAGACUGCCUCGGGGGCUGACCCGCAGCAGGGGUCUUGCCUACUUAAUAGUAUGCCUCAGGUUCCACCCCUAAUGCCCGCGACUGUCAUGCCGGCGGCCCCAGUCAUUUUGCCCAUGCCUAUGGUUGUCCCGACGCCAGCACCAUUCGGCAUGGGCGUUGCAAAUGGAUACGUCACACAGAAUGUCGCACCAAGCGCAGAUCCCACCGCUUCGGCCGUACAGAGUUUCACAGCAAAUGAGGCAGCUUCGUUGGGCAGCGUAAUGGCGUCAGGUGCCCCGGACAAGGAGAAGACCGUGCAUCUUCGUAAGGGGGCGGGGCAUAUAUGGAGCGACCCGACACUGGACGAAUGGCCAGAAAAUGACUUCAGAGUUUUCUGCGGAGACUUGGGGAAUGAGGUUACAGAUGAAGUUUUGACAAAUGCUUUUCGGAAGUACAGAUCUUUCGCGAAGGCUCGCGUGGUCAGGGACAAGAGGACAGGAAAGACGAGAGGCUACGGUUUUGUGUCCUUUUUGGACCCCAAUGACAUGCUGAAGGCUCUGAAGGAAAUGAAUUUCAAAUAUGUAGGGAACAGACCGAUACGGGUGUUACGGAGUAAAUGGAAAGACAGGGAAAUUGACUCGGAACGAAACAAGAAGUUUCAGGAGAUUACCGUCGUACAGGCUGCAAAUUCUAAGACGUUGCGGAAAUUUAAGAAGCUCGGUGUAUCGGUGAAUGGCGGAAAAGUUGCUCGUCGGCAGCAAGAGGCUGCUGCCAAGGGAUCGAAGCCAAAAAAGUCUCAUGCGCCGCCUACGACAUACGGACGAAUGACCUAUCAGUACAUCAAAGGAGGUCCUUCCAUCGCUCCUGUACCUUCAGCAGGGGCGUGCGCGGCGCCGAAUCUCUUGGAUGACAUUUGA